AUGCUUUCCAAGUCCUUCAUCCUCCUCGCCUCUCUCGCUUCCGUCCUCGCCGCCCCGGCCGCCUGUCCUGCCAAGGUGCAGACUCCCAUUCUCCCUCUCAGCGGUGAUGCCAAGGAACUCUCCAACCCUCCCGACGACCUCAAGCUCCUCCACAUCGCCCUAGGCUUCGGCAUCCAAAACUACACCUGCGAGGCGCAGGGCGCCACGCCCAUCGCCACCGGCGCCCUCGCCGUGCUUUACGAUGCUCGCCCCUUGCACCCCAAGCAAGGGCCGCGCUCCCUCUCUGCCGAGCGCUUCAACGCCCUGCCCGGCGACGUGCUCGCGCAGCACUCCGUGCCGCUCAACCUCAACAACACCAAGGACCGCGCCGAUCCCGCCCACCCGGGCGCCGACCUCGCCGCGCCCUUCCCGCCGCCCGCCGACCUGACCGUCGACGGCAUCGACGAGCCUCUCGCCUACAUUGGCCACCACUUCUUCACCGACCAGGGCGUCCCCAGCUUCCUGCUCGACAACGGCGCCAUCUUCUUGACGUCGAAAAAGGACGAGGCCGUCAAUGCGCCCGCCGACGCCAGCGCCGGGCCCGACGGCACCGGGGCGGUCGCCUGGCUCAAGCUCAGCGCCACCGAUGCCGCCGUCGGCCCGGCCAAGCUCGUCUACCGUGUGCUGACGGCCGGCGGAAACCCGCACGGCUGCGACAACGGUGCGGGCGGCGACAGCACCAGCUACACUGCCACGUACUGGUUUUACGGUUAA